GUUACAGGAAUUGUGACCCCUAGGCGCGGUGUCUCUCUCUCUCUCUCUCUAAGCUCAUAGAAGAAAACCAGGAAAAGUUCCUGCGACUGAGAGAGAAUGAGAUCCGGAGAUUGUAGACAGAGAAAGCUUUGAGAGUUCUAGAGAGAGAAAGAUGAGCGACCUAAUAAUGGACGGUUCGUCGCCGCCACAACCGCCGCCUCAGGCUCUGCUUGAGCGACUCAAAGACUACGGCCAGGAAGACGCAUUUGCCCUCUGGAACGAGCUCUCUCCCGAAGAACGCCUCCUUCUCGUCAAGGACAUCGAGAGUUUAGAUCUUUCCAGAAUAGACCGGAUUAUUCGGUGUUCAAUUCGGUCUCAUGGUCUUCCAGCGGCGGCGAUUGAGCCGGUGCCGGAGAGUAACGUAUCGACGGUGGAGGAGCGGACGCUCGAAGAGAGAGAGAGAUGGUGGAAGUUGGGCUUGAAAGCCAUCUCAGAUGGGAAGUUGGCUGUCUUGCUUUUAUCUGGUGGCCAGGGAACUCGGCUUGGAAGUUCAGAUCCAAAGGGAUGCUUCAAUAUUGGGCUUCCAUCUGGGAAGUCGUUAUUUCAACUUCAAGCUGAGCGGAUAUUGUGUGUCCAGAGAUUAGCCGCUGAAGCCAUGAAUGAUGGUUCUACUCGUUCAGUGCAAAUACAUUGGUAUAUUAUGACAAGCCCAUUCACUGAUGAGGCUACACGCAGAUUUUUUGAAAGUCACAAGUUUUUUGGUCUUGAUGCUGAUCAAGUAACCUUCUUUCAGCAAGGCACCAUACCUUGUGUUUCAAAUGAUGGGAAAUUUAUAAUGGAAACUCCAUACAGAGUAGCUAAGUCUCCAGAUGGGAAUGGAGGAGUUUAUGCAGCUCUGAAGUCAUCAAAACUUUUAGAAGACAUGUCCAUGAGAGGAAUUAAAUAUGUGGAUUGCUAUGGUGUCGAUAAUGCACUGGUUCGUGUGGCUGAUCCGACUUUCUUGGGUUAUUUCAUCUAUAAAGGCGUCUCUGCUGCUGCAAAGGUCGUUCGUAAGGCAUACCCUCAAGAGAAGGUUGGUGUUUUUGUGCGCCGAGGCAAGGGUGGACCUCUAACUGUGGUAGAAUACAGUGAGUUGGAUCCAUCUUUGGCUUCUGCAAUCAAUCAACAAACUGGGCGCCUUCGUUUUUGUUGGAGCAAUGUAUGCCUACACAUGUUUACUGUUGAUUUCCUAAACCAAGUGGCAAAUGGCCUUGAAAAAGACAGCAUCUACCAUCUUGCUGAGAAGACAAUUCCUUCGGUUCAAGGACAUACAAUUGGAUACAAACUGGAGCAGUUCAUAUUUGAUGCAUUUCCUUAUGCGCCUUCUACUGCACUUUUUGAGGUUUUACGUGAAGAAGAGUUUGCACCAGUAAAAAAUGCCAAUGGAUCAACUUUCGACACUCCAGACAGUGCUAAACUUCUGGUUCUCCGACUCCAUGCUCGCUGGGUAGUUGCUGCUGGUGGAUUUUUAACACAUUCAGUGCCGUUAUAUGCAACAGGUGUGGAGGUAUCACCACUAUGUUCGUAUGCUGGAGAGAACUUAGAACCUAUAUGCCGCGGUAGAACCCUUCAUGCCCCUUGUGAAAUUACAUUCUAAAUUGCAGUUAAUCUAUCGUUCUACUUUUAUGUCACCAUUUUAUAACGUGCCGAAGUGAGUUAAGUUUCAUCUGUGUGAUGUUCAUUUUCGGGCAAGAUUAGUGUGAACUGCUUAUGUAUUAUGAAUAGUAUUUCUUUGAGUAUUUUAGGCAUGGUUAAAGUUUUUGAGUUGAAUUUGAGUUAUAACUUGAGUUGAAGUUGUAACUUGAAUAAAA